AUGUCUUCUCCGUCAGAGAAAGCAUCACAGCAACACGUAACCUCCGCCGAGAAGCAGCCAGGUCUUCAUCAACUACAAUCAAGUGGUGCAUGCACUAGCUGGACUCUCCAAGAACGAGUGGCACACUCACCCUACCGCCCCGCAGCUCUCGGGGUGGCCGAGUUCCUCUUCAGGUUUACAUACAUAUAUAUCAUCUCGUUCGUCAUGUUGAACGAGAACGAACGAAACAUGUACACUGUCUUCGUAGUUGCGCUCAUGACACAGGUGCAGGGAAAAUUGUGGAGAAAGUUCAGAAGCUGGCGGACGAGGAUAACAUCCAGGGAUGAGGAAACUAUGAUUGGAUCUGUGGGUGGAGAUGAGAUGUCAGACGGCGGGGUGGGCUUGAACUCCGUACGGCUCGGAGAAGAUGGAGAUUCUAGGGCUGAAAAGUAG